UUCUUUCUGUGUCUUGACGUUCUUUUCUGACCUCUUUGCUUUCGAGAUACGUGUAUCUCAAGCUUCUUUCGUUCCUUUUAUACACAUCGCCUUCUCCGGUUUCAUUCCUUUAGCCCUGGAGGCAUAACAUUCCUUACCUGUGACAUUUGUUCUCGUCCAAUCCUUUAGAAUUCAGUAUCAAAGAUAUAUUUCACAGUUUCGAUCAGUUCCACUCCGACUUACACGAUGCUCAACUUCAUCCCCAUUAUCGCCGGCCUCGCCUCUCUGGUCUCAGCUACCAGCGCCCCAACCCGCCCCGAUCUCAAACUCAUCUGGAAAGACGAGUUCACCGGGUGUCAAGGCUGCUCACCCAAGACGAACAACUGGAACACGGCCCUCAACAUCAACUCCAACAACGAACUCCAGGUAUACUCCACCUCCAACAAGAACAUCCAACUCUCCGGCGGUGACACCCUCCAGCUCGUUCCCUGGAAGGAUGGGAAGGGCGAAUGGACCUCUGGACGUCUUGAGUCCAAGAAGGCUUUCCACGCAGACAAGAACAAAGCUCUUCGUGUAGAGGCUAGUAUUCGCAUGGGUGAUUCAGCUCGUAAGCAGGGUAUCUGGCCUGCUUUUUGGAUGCUCGGUGAUGCACUGCGCCACGGAACUGGAUGGCCUCUUUGUGGCGAGAUCGACAUUUUUGAGAGAGUUAACGGCGACUUGACUGGCUUCGGCACUGUUCACUGUGGUCAUGAGGGCGGCGGUCCCUGCAAUGAGCCAGAGGGUCUUGGACAGCGGGUUACUAUUCCGGAUAACGAGUUCCAUGCUUGGUCUGUGGUUAUCGACCGACGGGCUAGCAGCUGGCAGGAUGAGAAGAUCACCUGGUUGCUCGAUGGAGAGCCCUUCCACAGUAUCACGGGCAAGACACUCAACGAUGAGGGCACUUGGGCUACUCUGGCUCAUUCUCCCAUGUACAUUCUCCUCAACGUCGCUGUUGGCGGAACCUGGCCAGGCAACCCUAACAAGGCCACCGAAGCCGGCUACAAGAACAUGAUGGAGGUCGCCUACGUCGCCGUCUACGAAACCACAAACUAGCUACCCUCAUAACCAGCAAUUCUUCAAAGCUUGUUGCAAACUUCUUCUGCCAGCCCUUGCUUGGCACUUUCUUCAUUUCUUCUUACCCUCACCCGUGUGAGUGUGAACGGCUAUUGAGUGCCCUGAGACUGGUCUCGUGGUCAACUCGACGGUUGUUUGCUGGUUCGAACCCAGCUUUGUCUUGUUUCUAUUGCACUGUCUUAUAGAUUACGGAUACACAAAGUUCAAUAUCCGUACAGCGGAUCGGUGUAGAUAGAUAUCUGGAUACAAAACAAGACUCAUGACGUUAUGACACAAACU